AAGAAAACCCAGUCUGCAACUUGGCCUUCUUUAAUUUGGUUCCAUGGAUUGAUUCUAAUUUAAAGCAUAAUUUAUCUUGUAAUACAAAUCCUAUCCUAAUUCCUAAUUCCUAAUUCCUUAGUUAGUGUUAGGUUACAGGUUCCAUGGCGGAGUAUUCGAGGCCUUCGUAUAGCUGCAGAAAUUGCCGCAAUCCCCUUGCCUCCGGAAUUCAUCUCCUUUCCAAAUCCUACCUGGCAAAAUCAGGGCAAGCAUACCUAUUCUCUGAAGCAAAGAACAUAGUGGAGGGGGAGAAGGAGAAGAGGCAGCUGAUAACAGGGCUUUUCAAAAUUGCUGAUAUCCACUGCAGUAACUGUGGCCAACUUUUGGGUUGGAAAUAUCUCAAAGCUUAUGACUUCAAACAGAAAUACAAGGAAGGGAAGUUCAUCAUUGAAAGAGCUAAGAUUGCAAAGGAGUACUAAUUUUACUUUCAUCUCUAUAUCAAUGCCUCAGGGAAACUUUAUCUUAUGUUUUUGGGGGAAAUAAGUCUAUAGAACUCUGUGUGACAUGUAUAUAUUAUCCGAAGUACAACUUAAGAGAAUAUCUGAUUCUAUAUAUAUAUUCCUUGAUACGAUUUAAAUGUA